AUGAUCAGAACUUGUUAUUGGGUGAUGCCAGAAACAAAUAAUGAAAAUAUCACUCAUAUUUUCCUGACGGUUGCCAAUAAGCUUGGUAUACAAUUGGAGGAACGAGAUGUCGUGAGUGUUGAACGUGCUGGACCGGUGCGGUCGUUUGUUGAGGGUGCUGUUCCGCCGCUACCUCGACCACUGAUCGUGAGGUUGAUCCGACGUGCUCUACGAGACUCUCUGCUACAGACUGCACGCGUGCGUCGUGGCUUCACCACCGGUGGUUUGCCUAUAUCGGGCGGUGUUCGCCCUUUCUAUGAAACGAGCGACUUACUAGAGCGAAUAGGCAGUUGUUCCAGGAAGCGCACGUUACCGCUAAGCGCCAAAAUUGGAAAUAUGUCUGGACAAAGGAUGAUUAAAACAUACCCAAAGUUGCAUAUUAAAAAUGAAGAUAAUUACAUUAAAAGCGAUAGGGGUGGAAAGAGACUGUUGGUUAUACUUUUGACAUUACUAUGGGGAAUGGAAAUUGGAUUCAAGUUUGCCUCUCGUACUGUGAUUUAUUUGUUAAAUCCAUGUCAUGUCACGACAUUAAUACAAAUUUAUUUAUUGGUGGCUCCGCCUAGUAAAACAGUUACUGCAUUGUUUCGCAUUCAUUUGAAUUUAUUGAAUGGACCUCUUUUAGCAUUUUUGUUUCCUGAAACUGCUUCAAGAACGAUAUUUGUGGAGGCUGCAUUAUAUUGGAUUCAGCAUGGAAUGAUGUUUGUGAUACCUUAUUACCUUUUGAGAAUUGGUGGUGUUUACAACAUAGAGCCAUUUUGGGAUUUCAACUGGUCUAUAUUUAGCUACUGCUUAAAUAUGAUAUAUCACUUCAUCGUGUUGCAACUCAUAGCAAUUCCUGCCCAAGUUAAUUUAAACCACAUGCUCUGCCCGGCCAUAUUAGAUCCAUUUGAUGGACCUUGGUACCGCAUAGCGGCUGUCAUACAUCAAGCGAUGCUUUGUCCAAUACUCUGCAAACUGUAUUGUUUAGUAGCAGAAUUUUGUCUUACGAAGUUCCCACCCACUAAAGUGAAACCUCAAAUGAAGGAUUUCUUACAAGACCGGAAGCAGUACGAGUUAUCGCCGAAGAAAGGCGACGAUUAGUAGUUUAAUAUCACGUAAUCAUAUAAUCGUGGCUGUAAUCCCUUUCAGGGUAGCUAGAAUCUCUAUUUAAAAAAAAAAUCGCCUAUAGUAGAAAAGAACAAUAUUUCAUCGCGUCCAUUUAGUUCGAGUGAUUAUAAUUGAUAGUCAAUAUUGUUAAGGUUUUUGACGAAUAAGUUUAAGUGCGUAUAAUAGAAUACACAAUAUUUUAGCUUUGUAAGUAGCGGCCAGAGAUAUGAUAUUCUUGCCGUUAUUAUAAUAUUGUCAAAUUAUAGAGUAAUAUAAUAAUAUUUAAUGAAUUUACCUACAACUUCAAAAGUUUAAAUGCACUGAUUGGGAUAUCAUAAAUAUGUAAUGCUACUACACCUAGAUUUUUUUUUAUUAUUUUUCUAAAAGGGGUUUGUUGAA